GCGCAGGCGUGUAGGGCGCCCCGGCUCCAGAGGAUAAACAAGAGCGGGGACGGGAUGAGGCGGCGGUUGAUCCCCGAGCAGCUAGUGGCGGUCACUGAGGCGGCUAGUGGGACCCGGCGCCGACCCUGAGCGCUCCCGACCCGCCCUCCCGCGCUCGAGUCCCCGGCCGGGCCGACCUGCUCGCCCGCCCUCUGCGCGCCCACCAUGAACCUGGCGAGUCAGAGCGGCGAGGCUGGCGCGGGCCAGCUGCUCUUCGCCAACUUCAACCAGGACAACACGUCCCUAGCUGUUGGUAGUAAGUCCGGUUAUAAAUUUUUCUCCCUUUCUUCUGUGGAUAAACUGGAACAGAUCUAUGAAUGCACUGAUACUGAAGAUGUGUGCAUUGUAGAAAGAUUGUUCUCAAGCAGCUUAGUGGCCAUCGUCAGCCUCAAAGCUCCUAGGAAGCUGAAAGUUUGCCACUUCAAGAAGGGCACUGAGAUCUGCAACUAUAGCUACUCCAACACGAUCCUGGCUGUGAAGUUGAAUCGACAGAGGUUAAUAGUGUGCUUGGAAGAAUCUCUCUAUAUACACAACAUUCGGGACAUGAAGGUACUGCAUACAAUCAGGGAGACGCCCCCAAACCCUGCAGGCUUGUGUGCGCUGUCAAUAAGCAACGACAACUGUUACUUGGCAUACCCGGGCAGCGCGAGCAUUGGGGAGGUGCAGGUCUUCGACACCAUUAACUUGAGAGCCGCCAACAUGAUCCCAGCUCACGACAGCCCUUUAGCAGCACUGGCCUUUGAUGCGAGUGGAACCAAGCUCGCCACUGCUUCUGAGAAGGGAACUGUGAUUAGGGUAUUUUCCAUUCCAGAGGGUCAGAAACUCUUUGAGUUCCGGAGAGGAGUUAAGAGGUGUGUGAGCAUCUGCUCACUGGCCUUCAGCAUGGACGGCAUGUUCCUCUCAGCGUCCAGCAACACUGAGACUGUGCACAUCUUCAAACUCGAGACUGUGAAAGAAAAACCUCAGGAGGAACCUACCACCUGGACCGGCUACUUCGGGAAAGUGCUCAUGGCUUCCACCAGCUACUUGCCCUCCCAAGUUACCGAAAUGUUCAACCAGGGCAGAGCCUUUGCCACAGUCCGCCUGCCUUUUUGUGGCCAUAAAAAUAUCUGCUCACUGGCCACAAUUCAAAAGAUUCCUCGAUUACUGGUUGGAGCUUCUGAUGGGUACUUAUACAUGUACAACCUGGACCCCCAGGAAGGAGGCGAGUGUACCCUGAUGAAACAGCACAAGUUGGACGGCAGCAUGGAGACGACCAACGAAAUCUUGGACUCGGCCUCUCACGACUGCCCCUUAGUAACUCAGACCUACGGCACAGCGGUGGCCAGAGGUACUCACGUGCCUUCAUCCCCAACAAGACUGGCCUACACGGACGAGCUGGGCGCAGCAGGUGGCACUUGCCUAGAAGAGGAAGCAGGCGCCCUGCGGCUGGAGGAAGACAGCGAGCACCCUCCCAUGAUCCUUCGGACUGACUGACUUUGACCUGUGAACUCUGACCCCAGAAGCAGAGGACACUGGCUUGACAGAGGACUUUGUGUUAAUGCUGCUAUGAACUUAGGCCUGAGUUGCGGGAAAAGAUGGCAGACUUAAAAAAGAUUGUAGCUAUAGUCUGAUUCCAUACUGUUGAGAAAUACAUUGUUUUCACUUCAGUGGCUUUUAAUCCUGCUUAUGAAUUUCAGCAUUUUGUUUGUUUUCUCUUUUUGCCAAAAUUAACUGUUUGGUGAAGCCCUUGAACUCUCCUUGCUUUGCAUGCGUUAAUGUGCCAAGCCAGCAUAGGAGCGCUAGAAACCACUUUAUCACAAACUGCAGUUGUGGGUUUUUAGGUCUGUUUAUGACAGGAGUCAGUACAAGGAGAAGGUGGCCUCGCGCAGUGGUUCUGGUUGUUGAGGCCGGUUCUGCUAGACAGGUCCAAGAAUCCCCAGGGCUUGGCAGGGCCAGGCCGGACGGUGUCCUCAGGGAGGAGGCCUUGCUCCCAGAGCUCCUCCUGGACCAUUUCCCCCACUUUAUUUUGUUAAUUAAAUUCUUUUCAGAUUAGGUCAUUCUGAGAUUUCUCCCAUGGUGGACUUUUGUUUCUGACUUGUUUUCCAUGUGGGUAUAGGACGAGAGCAGUUCUUCCUAAUUACUGUAAACCUUACCUUCUGACAGCAAGUGAACUUGAAAGAAUGAAUACAGGAGCAAAAGAAAGUGGGUUUUGUUUUUUUUAUAUAGUUAAAUUAUCUAGUCUUUAAUCUUUCUGUUGAGUAACUGUGGUUUAGUUUUUUUGUUUUUGUUUUUGUUGGUUGGUUUUGUUUUUAAGGAAAGUUUAUGGCUAUUCCUAGGCUCUGUGAAGCCCAGAGUAAAAUGUGAUGGGCACUCUCAGUUAUCCUCUUGCCCUAGCCCCGCUGUGUGUCGGGGCCCUUCCUCCUACCUGAGUCAGCAGUAGGUAGAAGUACGAGAGAAGUGGCUGUGAAGACCAGCGUUACCAGGUGAUAUGUGCCUUUUCUAUUUUAAUCAACAGAAUUUGUUCAGCAAAGUGGUAAGAGACUGUGGUCACAAGUUCCAGUAUUUGCCUAGCUUCCCUUUUCAUUUUUUCAAGAUUAAAAGACAACCUCAAAUACCUCAAGUUCUGCAUUCCAAACCAAGACACACAGCAGUUAAAUUUUGAGGGAAUUUAAGUGGAAGUUAAUGGCUUAGAAGCUCAUCGUGGAUUCUUUGGAGUGGUGACAGGAUGAAGUAAAGGAGAGCAGGUGUUGUGUGUGCACUGCCUUUUCACCUUGUCAGGUGUUUGAGCAGAGGAGGGGUCAGUUGCUUCUGUUGUGUGGGUCUUGGUAGCUGGUGUGGCCGGGAGGGGGGAUGGGAAUGUGGAUGGGACUGGCUGCCCAAGGACGGGGCUGGUCAGCCCAUGCACCUUGUGCCUCACAGGCUGCCUAGACAUCUCUAGAAAAGUUGAUGGGGGCAGCAAUACAAAGUUCUGCUUCAGUCAGAGAGGAAAGGUGGACGUGUACUGCACAUCACUCUAAAAUCUGGCCUGUCCGUCCAGGGUCCUUGGUGACAUGUAGUCUGUCGUGAUGUAGGUUCCGCUGCCUGUACUGGAGUUGUGGGACAUGGGACCGGAGUAGUCUCUCACUGUCUCUCAGACAAGUCGUGGCUCUCCUCUUGCACAGACUACCUGGCCAGCGUGAGCCUAGUGGCAAAAUCCAGUGGCAGUGUGCGUGGUAGGUGUAGGGCCCUCAGGUAGGGUUUCCUGACAGCCAAAGGAAGAGCGGCAUCUCCGCUCCGUGUAGGAGGGUUGCUGGUGGUGCCUGCUUGUUGGCUUAGGUGCUUGUGACUGGGGUGCUGCACCUGGCCAGGUUUGUUACGAUCAGGGCACGUGGCUUUCCUCCCCUUGGGCUUGGCAGUCCUAGAGGGGCUGGGAUUCUCUUCCCUCUCAGUUUCCUCACUUUAAGAUGGACAGUUAGGAACAGUGACCUGCGUCCCAUGUCCUCUGCCCACCCCACAUCCCCAGGGCCAGCAGGACUGGAAGCUGAGGCAGUACUCCCUGCAGAGGGCUUCUGGCAGCCCUUGGCUUGCCUGGAGUCCGUCUUAACCUGCAGGUCCUGGGGGGGGGUAAGCUAAGUGUUGCUGACUGAGCACCACUGCAGGUCUUCGCCCUCUGUGUCCCCUUUGUGUUUCAUUGCCACGACCACCUCUUACUUUGUCCUCUAAGGGGCCAAGCCCAGGCAUCAGGGCAGGGCUGAGGCGGGGGGGGGCCAGGCGAGAAGUAAGCCACUGAGGUGUCGCUGUGGAGCUCACUGCCAUGCCUGAAGCCUCCCACACCGCGCGUGAACUAACUGAACUCGCAACUAGAUGCCAUGUCCAGUUACAAAUACAAUAUUACAAAAAUAUUGUAUGUAAUAUUUUUCCAAACUUUAGAAUGAAGAUGAUUGAGGGGGAGGAAACAAAACCUGGAAACUUACAAACUGUAUAGAUGGGACCAAACCUUUUGUAUUUUCUAAAACAAACCAAGAGUUGGAUUGAACCUGGAGUUAAAAAAAAGAACUGAAUUCAGUCCCCGAUUCUGCCACCUUCUGGCGGUGUGGUGGGGCGGCUCACCAGGAGCCUCGGUUUCCUGGGUGGACGGCAGGACGACCCGCCCACACAGGGUUGUUGUCGAGUGUGACUCCUCGCACGUCCUGCAGCCCCCGGCCCAGCGCUGGCCUCAGGCACCAAUAAACAUUGAAACAGAAACUGGUCUUACAGAAUUAAACAGCGCUUUUAUUCAGUUCUGGUUCCUGAACACAAAGCCCGUUGGGAAAUGUGAAGUCUCAGUCACGUGUGUGUGGACCUGUGGCCCCCUACCGUCCCCGUCUUCCAGAGGGCAGCGGCAGCCCUGUGAGUGGCGGGUGCGGGUUGGGGGCCUUGCCGAGUCUGAGCUCCGGUCACCCACGUACGGUGGUUUGCCACCAGAACAGUGGUGCAGGGAGCCUUGGGCCUCCAUCCUCACCCCAGAGCCAGCGUCCUUCCUGGCCAGUGCGGGACUGGUCUUGGUCUCUACCUUCAGCGGUGUGGCCCUGCCCGUGUGUCGGGCGUGCACCUGAGGGAGUUAGCAAGACCUUCCAACUCUUCCACUUGGGGAGGAGAAAGAGAAGGAUCCUCUUGACUUCCCAUGGCUCAUAGUGGGCCCCAUACCGAUCUCAGCACUUCCAGAAAGACUGGACGUGCCUAGUUCGUAGUUCGGCAAAGGAGAGUGGGACAGUCGGUGGCAGCAGGAAACGCGUGCUUUGUUAAUCCCACUGCCGUUCACAGCUUCACAGUGGUGUUGGCUGUGAUAGGUCCACUGCCCCAAACCGCUGUAGAACCCAUCUUUUGCAUGCAGAGAAUGGCAGUACCCUACUCAAAAUGUAUGUGUGACACUAGCUAGCAAGCUGAAAAUCCAAAUACUUUAUUUUACAAGUGUACUUAAUUCUUAAGCUCGAGGUGGACAGAUGAAAGGGUCCUGUUCGGCCUGCAGCAUCAGAGCUGUGAAGAGUGCGCUCAGGCCACUGGCGUUCUGUCUGGGAGAGGGCUUGGGACAGCCUCUUGUGAGUUAACUUCUUUCUUACUGAAAGCACAUGGUAGUGAAUUGCCAAGCAGAUUUCACUGGUAUGUACCCUUCCCCUUGUCAUACCUUUGGCCCAAAUUGUACCUAUUCAUUCUGUGGAUUUUGUGAAGCAAAAAUGGGAUUUUGAGGCUUGGCCAGCCCUUAUCCUUCCUUGGUAUCUGACCAGGAAAGUCAUUUGGAAUAAUUAAAUCCUUUUAAAGCCG